GAAUGCGUUCUCGCGAGAUCUCGAUGAGUUUACUCCAAAGUAAAUGCCACGUCUUACCAGUAGUAUCAAGGCAGACAGAAAAAUCAGCAGUUUACCUAACAUACUGUACGCAUAAUAGAGAGUUAUUCAGCAGCCCAGCAGGCAGUGAUAUCUGACACAAUCCGGGGAUAAUAUGGGCUGUAUACGUCUGCUGGCACUGACGCUGGCCACAUCUGCACUACUGCUGUUAGCCUCACAUUCAACCACUGCCCAUAGCCAUUCUCAUGGCGACCACGGCCACGGUCACCAUGGACACGGCCACGGCCACCAUCACCACGGCCACCACCACCACGGCCACUCCCACGGAGAAGACGAUAACGAAGAAGUGAAGAUGUUCCACGGAGCGAGCAAGUGGAGCGCCGAGGCCAACGUCCCUCUGCAGGAAGAGGAGCACCACGGACACGCACACUCGCACGAUCACGGACAUGGGCACGCUCAUGAUCACGGACACGCACACUCUCACGAUCACGGACAUGGGGACGCUCAUCAGGACGCGGAGGAUGUUGUUCGGGUGCAUAAGGAGAAGAGUGGACACGGACACACCCACGGAGGGGAGAGGGUGAAGAGGGAGGCAGAAGGAGAGAAAAGGGACACGGUGGAGCUGUGGACGCAGGCUAUCGGAGCGACCCUGCUGAUCAGCGCCGCUCCUUUCCUCAUCCUGUUUCUGAUCCCAGUUCAGUCCAACAGCGACCAGCACCAGAACCUGCUCAAAGUGCUGCUCAGCUUCGCCUCAGGUGGACUGCUGGGAGACGCCUUCCUCCACCUCAUACCACACGCUUUGGAGCCCCACUCUCACCACGGAGAAGAAGAUCAUGGACACUCGCACGCAAGUGAGGAGUCACAUGACCACGGCCACUCCCACGGAGCCGCCCACGAUCACAUGAUGUCAGUGGGUCUGUGGGUUCUCGGUGGGAUCAUCGCCUUCCUGGUUGUGGAGAAGUUUGUGCGGGCCCUGAAGGGAGGCAGCGGCCACGGACAUUCCCACGGCCACUCGCAUGAUGCUCCCAAGGAAAAGGACAGUGAUGGAGAAGAAGAAAAGGAAAAGAAGAAGAAGAAGAAGGAGAAAGAAAGCAAAGACGAGAAGGUGCCAAAGAAAGAGGAGACACAGGAGAAGAGCACAGACAUCAAGGUGUCGGGCUACCUGAACCUGGCAGCCGACUUCACGCACAAUUUUACCGACGGCCUGGCGAUCGGAGCGUCGUUCCUGGUCGGCCCAACGGUUGGCGCCGUCACCACGCUCACCAUCCUGCUGCACGAGGUCCCGCAUGAGAUCGGAGACUUUGCCAUCCUUGUCCAGUCUGGCUGCACCAAAAAAAAGGCCAUGUGUCUCCAGUUGCUGACUGCCCUAGGAGCUCUGGCCGGCACAGCUUGCUCCCUAUUGGCCGAGGGCGUGGGCGCUGCGGCGACCGCCUGGAUCCUGCCGUUCACGGCCGGUGGCUUCGUUUACAUCGCCACAGUCACCGUUCUGCCAGAACUGCUGGCGGGCCGCUCCAGCUUCGGCCAGUCUCUGAUGGAGAUUCUGGCGCUGUUGUUCGGAGUCGGCAUGAUGGUGCUGAUCGCCGAGUACGAGUGAUACUCCGCCGAGUGGACAGAGAGGGGGGAAAAGGUCAAACGGUUGGAAAAAAAAACAAAAAAAAAAUGCUGGUUUUAAAGUAGAGUUCAAGUGGAUUAUUGUUUGUCAGGGGUGUGUCUUCUUUCCUUUUUUUUUUUUUUUUUAUUAAUUAUGUUUUGGGACAAAAUCCACCCCCUGAUGGCGAAUGGAUGAUUUUUGUUGUACAACGUUUCGAUCUUAGACCUCCCAUCAGGACAGGAGGGGAAAUCUUUUCUGUCCGGUGGCAGAAUUCACUCACCGCUUUUACCACACGGCUCAAUCCGCUGCACCUUUACCGCAGCGUAAACUGACGGCCAGGUUUCCUUACAAAAGUGGCUUAAAGUAGAUUCAUCUUGCACCCAUAACACCACAUUUUCUAUAAUUUUGCAGGUGGCUGGUCCUUUAAGUGCUCAUAUAAUGCUUUUUGGCUUUUCCCCUUUCCUUUUAUUGUGUUAUAUAUCUUUUUGUGCAUGUUAUAGGUUUACAAAGAGAAAAAGCCCAA